UUUAAAGAUGCAAAUGUACAUCAAAAGUUAUUUCAUUAAUACACACUCUUGCAUUCUUGCACUAAAAGUGCUUCAGCUUCAGCUGCUGGUCCUGCUCCAUGUAACCUUGAGUCUGCAGGUAUUGGCGCUCCAGUACUGCCGCUAAAAACGGAGAAGUGUCCCUGGCUGGAAGACUGCACGCUUUCUGGGUCAACCCUCAGCCCUCUGAGGGGGCCUCAUCUACAUAAGCAACAGAGGGAGACGGGGAGAGAGGGUGGGAUCGAGAGAGGAGCACAGGUAUUUAUAGAAAAAUGGGGCUUCGCAGUAUCUUUUCUUGCAAUGAACCAUUUCAGGAUCAAGUGUCCCAGUUUCAUGUUCCUCUCUCAGCGCUAGGGUUGGGAGCGAGGCUGCGGCUGUGCAGCCUCACCCAGGAUGGAGAGCCUCACGCCGAGGUGUUCUCCUGUCUUCACCUCCUUACUCUGUGGUCCCCAUCCUCCACAGAUGUGACCUUCCACGCGUCUUCCGCAUCAUUGGCUCAGAGGGGUUGGCCUGUAGAGGCAGUGAGCUCAGGUGAGGAGCAGCUGAAGGGUGUCCGUAGACACUCCUUGGCUGCAACAACCCCCAGGCUGGGGGUGAAGAUAGGCUGGCUGGAACGUGCCCUGCGGCAAGCCGGGCAAGGAUGAGGCGUUUCCUGAGCAGAAAGGGCCGCUUCUCCCUGCGCCAGAGCAAGUCUGGAACCCGGAGUGCUUCCAAAGAUUUCUACCUUGGCCUACCUGCGACCAACCAGAACUGGCCAGAAGCGUUUGGCUUCCGACUGGGAGGGACUGGACCCAGCUACAUCCUGUCUGUGGUGGAGGGGAGUAGCGCCUACCUUGCUGGCUUGCAGCCUGGUGAUCAGGUGGUGGACAUUGAGGGCCAAGAUGUGACCAACCUUAGCACACCAGCAUUGAUUGCUUUGGCUCAGACCCUUAAGACAGUUCCGCCCAGCAUUGGCGUGGUGUCACGAGUCAAUCAGAUUGACAUCACCCCAGGCCCAGAUGGUCGUUUUGGCUUCACCAUUGUAGGCGACAGCCCUCUGAUGGUUGAGGAAAGCAUGCCUGGAGGUCCAGCCCAGCGCAGUGGCCUCAAAGUGGGCGACUAUGUUUUGGAAGUCAACGGGAUUCCAGUGAAGCAUCACGAAACAGCUGCAGCGAUGAUCAAAGCAGCGCAGGGGCGACCUCUGCGCCUGGGCGUACUCAGUAUGGCGCGCAGACCCAAACGCCUGAGCAGCAGCAUGAGGGUGCUGUCACAGAGCGGGGACAGCGUUAGGGAGAGUCGGGCUCAUAAGGCCAUGGAGUUCAACAAAAAGGUGGAGGACGUGCUGGGAGAGGAGCCUGAUGUGAAGGAGCAGCUGUUUGAAGUGCUGAAGCAGUACGCUUCUGAGAGGGAUGUGGACAGUCUAGCUGAGGCCUUGCCUGACAUUUUGAUCACAGAGGAGCAUCAGCAGCUAAUUGACAGCGUCAGGAUCUUCAUCCCUAAGAAGCACCGGGAGCGCUUUGACGAGGUGGUUUCUCAGAGCCUGAUGAGCCGGCUGAAGGGCCGGAGCUUCAGCGACCCCAGCCGGAGCCACCUACGCCGCAGCCGGAGCGAGGAUCACCCGGAACGCCUCCUUGUCUCCACCCGUGCCAGCUCAGUGCCACGCACCCAUGCAGAGGAGGGUGGGGCUCCUCCCACCAGAGGCAUGCGCAAAACCACCUCCCUCAUCGCAGGCCAUUCCGGCGGCUCCACCCCCAACUGCAGGACAGUCAGAGUCUGCAAGGGCAACAGCAGCUUUGGUUUCACCCUGAGAGGUCACGCUCCAGUGUGGAUCGACUCAGUGAUCCCCGGAAGUCCUGCCGACAAAGCAGGUUUGAAACCAGGAGACCGAAUCCUGUUUCUGAAUGGACUGGACAUGAGGACGUCCUCGCAUGAGAAGGUGGUGUCCAUGCUGCAGGGGAGUGGUGCCAUGCCCACUCUGGUGGUAGAAGAAGGUCCAUCUACUUUUUCGAUAGCUGAACAGGACCUUGCAGGGGGCGGGGCUCCCACCGAACGGGCUCGCUCGCCCGUGCUGAGCUCCCUCCAGUGGAUCGCGGAGAUUCUCCCUCCCAGUAUCAGGGUUCAGGGUCGCACCUUUGGACAACAGCUGGAGCACCUGCUGACCAUCCAGGAGCGGUACACCAUCUGCAAAGCUUUGGAAAACUUCUUCCAGCACAGGAAUGUUGACACUCUGAUCGUGGACGUCUUCCCGGUGCUGGAUACUCCUGCCAAACAGGUGAUCUGGCAGUUUGUUUACCAGCUUCUGACGUAUGAAGAGCAGGAACACUGUCAGAACAAGAUUUCACGUUUCGUCGGCUUCAAACCUCCAGCCCCACCGCCACCACCUCCACCUCCCCCUCCUCCAGAGCCAGAGUCUGCACCGGAGCCCCAUCGGCGCAGCAGCUCCAUGAGGGUAACGGGGACCACGUACAGGAGCAGUGUGAGAGGCCGCAGCUCUGAUGACCUGGUCAUUGGCACACACUUAGGAAUGGGACACCACGCAGAGCCAACGCAGGAGACGAUGACGAGACUGGCUCCAGGAGAGAGACAGUCAGGAGAUGGUACCUCCCUACCUGAGACCCCCAACAACCUCACCAAUCUGUCAGCUGUCUAUGCUGAACUGGAAAACAUGUAUUCCAGCAAGAGAUCCAAAUCCCUGAAGAGCCGCCCUCCUCCUGCCCCAGAGAGUCUGUUGGACAUGGACCCCCCCUCACGCACAGAGUCCCCCACCUUACAGGCUAACACAGGCAGUCGGAAAAACGCCCAACCCCAUUGGCCGGAUCCCCUUCCCAGUCCACCUCCAGCCCCAUUCUACCCGCCGGGCUUGACGAGCCAAACCAGUGGGGAGUCCAAUCCGUACAUGAGCCUGGACAGUCCUCCACCUUCACCUCCAGAGCCAGACUUCCCGUCCAGCCCACCGGUUCACCGCAACAACAAACGCCGCUACACCUUCUCUAAGCCUCCUCGUUCAGAAGACACGGAUCGUUUUCUGGAUGCUCUGAGUGAGCAGCUGGGACAGCGGGUGGCCAUCGUAGAUGAUUUCCUGACCCCUGAAAAUGAUUAUGAAGAGGAUGUUGGGCAGAUGGGCUUCCAAGAUGAGGAUGAUGAUGAUAAUGAGGAGGAACUUGGGGUGGAUGAGGAAGAAAAUGGUGGGUUUGUGGCUCCCGAGCUCAGCAGCCCGAGUGAUGUCCAAAGCAGUAGUGGAGAAGAGAACGCCUCCUCCCUGACCUAUUCCUCUUCCUCCGAUCACAUCCCUCCUCCACCUAUGAGCCCUCCUCCACCUCCACCUGUCCAGUUCAACGACCCUCCUCCUGCCCCUCCGGCUCAGAGUCAGCCUCAGAGCCAGCAGCAGCCUCUCAGCUACACGCCUGAGCACUCGCCGAGAGCAUAUGUGCCCAUCCGCCGAAAAUCUGGGCCCCCGCCGCCGCCACCUCCUCGUAGUAACCCACCACCUAAGCGCCACUCUUUGCAUAAGGUCCUCCCCACGAGAGAAGAUAUACAAGUCCAUGCCACCAUUCAAGAACUGAAAGCCUACCAGGAGCAAAGGGAACAAAACUACCAGGAGAGGCAAGCAUAUGAGGAGCAGCAAGCUUAUAAGGAGAGAGAAGCGUUUGAGGAGCAACAAGCCUAUAAGGAGAGACAAGCUUAUGAGGAGCAGCAAGCCUAUGAGGAGCGAGAACUCUUCCAGGAGCAGCAAGCGUACAAGGAACAACAGGCGUACCAGGAGAAGAUCUACAAGGAGCGACAGGCUUAUGAGGAGCAGAUGUACCAAGAGCAGCAAGCCUACCAGCAGAGACAAGCAUACGAGCAGCACCAGGCCUACCAGGAGCAGAAAGCAUAUGAGCAACUGCAGGCCUACAAGGAGCAAAAAGCAUUCGAGGAACUUCAAGCCUAUCAGGAACGGAAAGCUUACGAGGAGCAACAAGCGUACCAAGAGCAGCAGAUGCAGCAGAUCUAUCAAGGCCAUCAGUCCAUUCCUGUCCAGCUGACUCAGCAUAAAUCCAGUUCUCCUCUGCCACUCCACCAGUCUCUUCCCCCAAUCCCCUCUCAGGAAUCCAUGCACCCCAACGCUAACCACCCUCUGUAUAAAAUGGGGCCAGGACAGCAGCAGAGUCAUCACCACAGGCGGCUUUCUCGCUCAGCUCCCUCUCCACAUCAACCAUCGCCCCAACAAGCAAUGCACCCCAGCCAAAGUCCGUACGCCGAGGGGAUCUACCAAAGUCACCAGAGUGUGAGACCGCAGCCCCAUCAUUCCUCCACAGAGAUGCUCCACCAGAUGCACCAAGCCCAGCCGCACCACGCCUCCUCUGAAAUGCUGCAGCAGAUGCAAAGCCACGGACAUUACUCAUCGUCAGAGAUGCUCCAGCAGGUGCACAAAUCCAAAGCUCAUCAUUCCUCUUCCGAGCUUCUGCACCAGUCUCACCAAAGGCACGAGACGCCGCCGCACCACUCCUCCGCUGAGCUGCUCCACCAAGCUCACCAGAUGCACCGAGGCCAAACCCACCAUUCCUCCACUGAGCUGCUCAACCAAAUGCAGCAGCCCAAGCCCCACCACUCAUCUGCAGAGCUUCUUCACCAAACUCACCAAAUUCAGCAAUCAAAGGCCCAUCACUCAUCCACCGAGCUUCUGCAUCAAAUGCAUCAAGAACCCGCUUCCCUCCCAGUUCAACUAAACCGGGACAGCCAGUCGCACCAGAGCCGGAGGAGUAUUAAAGGGCAUCACCCAACUCACCAAGAACAGCAGAUUCACCAAACCCACCACCCCCAGCCAACCAAGCCCUCCCCCCAGAGACCUCACUCCAUCCAGCAAACCCACCACCAUUCCAACACACCCCAGAUCCACCACAUCCACCACAUCACACCCCAACCGCCCCCUCAGGACUACCCACACCAGAUCCACGUCAUCCAUCCUCCCCAGCAGCCCCAUAGGCCCCAACCCCUUCUCUCCACCUUUCAGCCCCUCCAACCGCACCAGACCACCCUCUCCACAUUCCAGCCCGUGCCCCAACACCCGCAAUCCCAGCACCAUGGCCAAUCCUCCGCCCAAACGGCCCGUCCACAAUCACAGCCCUCGCAUCACCUGCUGCAAUCCCAGCAUCAGCCGCUGGCCCAAAGCCACCACAUGCAACCCCACCACCAGAGCCAGCCCCAGUCUCUGCCACACUCCCUGUCCGAUCCCUCGGAGCACCUGGAGCCGCCCCCACCUCCACCCCUACCACCCCCCUGCUCACCACCCCCACUGCCAAGACCCGCGUUGUCCAGGAUGGACUCCAACCACAUGAGUGUGAAGCGGCUGCGCUGGGAACAGGUGGAAAACUCUGAAGGGACUAUAUGGGGACAGUUGGGUGCAAACUCUGACUAUGAAAAACUGCAUGACAUGGUUAAGUAUUUGGAUCUGGAGCUUCACUUUGGGACAACAAAGAGCACCAUGCCUGCUCCAGAGCCAUCUCCACAGCUAGAAACCUUCAAGAAGAAGGAUGUGAUAGAAAUUUUGUCACAUAAAAAGGCUUACAAUGCGUCCAUCUUGAUCGCCCACCUGAAGCUGUCUCCUGGGGAGCUGCGCCACAUCCUGAUGAACAUGACCACCGAUAGAUUGGAACCUGAUCACAUCAAGCAGCUGCUGCUGUACGCUCCUGAUGAAGAGGAGGUGAAAAAAUAUGAAGAGCACAAGCAGGAGCCCAGCAAACUCAGCGAGGUGGACCAGUUUGUGUUACAGAUGCUGUCGGUACCCGAGUACAAGACUCGCCUGCAGUGCCUCCUUUUCAAAUGUUCUCUUCAAGAGAAGACAGAGGAGCUGAGGGGAGCAUACGACUGCAUUUAUAAGGCUUCUGUGGAGCUGAAGACCAGCAAGAAACUUGCCAAGAUAUUAGAGUUUGUGUUGGCAAUGGGGAAUUAUCUCAAUAACAAAACCAACAAGACAACAGGCUUCAAGAUUAACUUCCUGACGGAGCUGAGCACUACGAAAACAGUUGAUGGCAAGUCGACCUUUCUGCACAUUUUGGUCAAGUCCUUGUGUCAGCACUUUCCAGAUGUGUUGGAUUUCUCUAAAGAUCUUGCGAUGAUUCCUCUUGCUGCAAAAGUGAAUCAGAGGACCGUCACAUCAGACGUAAAUGACAUCCACACAACCAUCAAGGACAUUCGAUCAACCUGUCAGAAGAUGCCGGUCACUGCAGAGGAUCGUUUUGCUCUCGCCAUGAGUAACUUCCUGGAAAACAGUCAUCCAGCUGUUCAGUCCCUGGAAUCUCUCCAGCAGAGAGCCAUGGAGGAAUUCAGCAAAACUGCUUCGUUUUUUGGGGAGGACAGCAAAGCAACCAACAUUGAGGCCUUCUUUGGUAUCUUUGCUGAGUUCAUGAGCAAGUUUGAGAGAGUUCUCAAUGAUCAACAAAUGGUUGAAAACCCCAAGAGCCCCAGAAGUCCACGCCUGGCUUCACCUCUGGCCUGGUAACACUGGAGACGACUGCGUACCGUACAACAACUGAUACACAAAAAUACACACACGUUCAGGAGCUUUGUUUUAUGAGCAGAAAAGGAAACAAACUUCCCCCAAAAUGUAUACUUCAACUAUAAAUAUCACAUGUUACAUCCUCUGUUAAUAUACUAAAUUGAUUAGGACCUUUCAUCUGAGCACAAGCUUAGUCUGAGCGUCAGGAUGUCCUUACAGUUCACUUACUCAGAAACAUGCCACAGCUUUAGUUAUUUCUUGAAGCAUCUGUUAGAACAAAUACGACUCUAUAUGGCCUGUUUAUGGUUAAGACAUAGAUUCAUACAUUUAAGAUAGAUAUAUCAGGACUAUGUAUUUAUAAGAACCCAGAAAAGCUGCUUUUUUUUCUUAAGUCCUGUACUUUGUCAGGUGCCCACCACACUGAAUGUGAAAUAGUUGCUUUCCUAAGAAUUUUUACAAAGUAAAACUUUACCCUAAAGCAGGCUACUUUCCUUAUAUAAAGGUAUAUAUAUGUUAUUUUAGCUGAUCAUUUCUUUUUUUUUUUAAAACACCAAACUCAUGUAUAUUAAGAUUGCCUGAAGUGGUGUUUAUUGCUAAUUUUAGAAAAAGAAAUAACUUUUUUCCUCCAGUCAUUUGCAGAAUUCGAUCAUGUGGAUAUCAACAUGGGCUCUGUGCAAUAUAUGAGCAAUUUUCUGCUGCAUAUUACACUCAUUAAAGUGUAGCUGCUAUGUUUUGUGCAAACGGAGAGGCUGCGAAGUUCAGCGAUGCUACAAAAGAUGUCGCUUCAGCUCAUCAUCUUCAUAUUUCUGUAGCUGAAUGUGCCGUUUGAGCUAAGCUUAGCACUAAAUCGCUGGUAAAGGCAGCUUGUUUACAUAUAUGGUGUAGCAUGAUAAAUGAAGCACAAUGUUUAGUGCUGUAAAAAGAGCUAUUUUAAAGGUGAAUAAGUAUUACAAGAAUAACAUGGACAGCCUGAGAAAAUGUGGUUUCUGUUUGUCUAUUUUUGGUGUCAUCUUAAAUUUACAGAACUUUAAUAUGUUAAUGCCUAUUUUAAGAGUAGAAAUUGUUGAGUUUUGUAUUAUAAGCUAUUUCCCCAAAAAGUUUAAGGCUUGUACAAGAUCUGCUCUUGCCUGUAUGUUUAUCUUUUUCUAGAAAAAUAAAAUAAAAAAUAUAUAUUUGGCUUAAA